CGUGCAGACAAGAACAAGUCCACUACUUUUAGUCUACUCACCAGCGGCUACAGUGACUCAGUGAGUGAUACUGUGAUAGGAGCUAGCAGGAGGCAUGAUCGCAGCAGGAGGAUUCAGUAUGCGGCCAUCGAAGCUCAGAGAGGUCCUCACUCAUGAGCAAGAGGCUGCGUCCGACACCCAGGCAGCCCGUCAAGAAGCCGACGACAGCAUGCAGGAAGAUACACCACCCGUACGCGUCGUUGCAGCGGGACAGACCGUGUAUGAGCUCGGUAGUGAGAUGCUCUACUUUGCAGAUAUCCUCGAACGCCAUGCCGGCGGGCAACUCUUUGGAGAACGCGGUUUAUUGGCGCGUUACUACUCCAUUGGCCAGGAUAAGCUGGAUGAGCUCGCUGAGCUUGAGCAAGACGGUGCAGAUACAAACACCACGCACUUACGAGAACAAUGGGAACUGGAGUGCCGGACGUGGGAUCUCGUACAACGCUUGUACCUAGAACGCACGCGCGAGAUUGAGUGGCUCGAGGCACCCCAUCCGUAUGUCUCGAACCAUGCACUCGAGCUGCUUUACUACAACAACGACCAUACUGCUUCUGAGCAACGCAUCGUCUUGGACUGGCUGAGAGAUGGGAGUACGGCUGCGACAGAGUUUCAAGUGCGUGGUAAUCGCUGGUUUUACACAAAAGAACACCUCCUCAAUCGCAAGCGCAUGGGGAAACUCUCACAGGAUGAUGGCACCGUCACCGAACUAGAUCCCGAUGCGCCAUAUCGGCAAGGCAAAAAACUAGCGCCCGAGGAUGAUGCGUUUGAGAGACGCCUGCUGCGACAACUCUUCUAUCUCGUUCGGGCAGGUGAGUUUGAGGAAGCUGCAGAACUAUGCAGAGAUUCAGGCAAUGCCUGGCGUGUAGCGAGUAUGCAAGGCGGUGUAGAGUACCGCGAUGCAGCCAUCGACAGCCUCGACCUCGUUACGGAAACCGAGGGCAACCCGAAUAAAGCACUCUGGCGACGCAUGUGUUUUGCACUCUCUCAACAACCCGGCUUCAAUGAGUAUGAACGUGCGUUGUAUGGUGCGCUGUGUGGCGAUUUGGCGAGUGUCUUGCCAGUCUGCAAUACAUGGGACGAUGCACUCUGGGCGCACUACAAUGCCCUGACGCAGUGUAAAGUCGAGGCACACCUCCGCUCACUGGGUCGCGCACAGUUCGAGGGAUCCUUUCAAAUCUCUACGUCUGAACACCUCCUGCCGGGAAAUAUCUUUGAGGCGCUCGUUCGGUCACAGGAGCCCGUCGUCGCACACCAAGCUAUGCACCCGAUGCGCGUGAUUCAAGCGCGUCUUGUGACGAACCAGAUUCCUGAGCUACUCGAGGAUAUCCACCAGCAACUCAAGCAAAUGCAACAAGGUGGCAAAGCAUCCGUUGCAUCUGUACCGUAUGUCAUUCGCUUUGUGGCGCAUCUCAUACUGGCCUUGCGGCAGAUGGAUGUGGCUAUACCACAGGAACCUGCAGAUGCUGUACUACAGGCGUAUGCCGAGCUCCUUGCGAGUGCCGAUGCUCAAGCGGCGGUUGCCUUGUAUGCCGCACAGCUACCGGCUGCAAUAGGCAUCGAAGCAACAGCCCGCUACCUCACCCGUAUUGAAGACGAUGAAGCGCGCAGGCAACAAUUACUGAAUGCAGAGAAGCAUGGUCUGGAUGUACGGCAAUUGCUCUUGCGCACGGUUGAGCUGGUGUUUGAAACAUCCUUGCCUGCUGCUCUGCCGUCGUCCACUCAAACUGGACACAUCCUGGAUCCUGUCUCGACUGAGGAUGAGCGGUGUGUGCGUGCGCUGGAAUGGCUACCGAUGGAUACACGUCUACAAACAGAGUGCAUGACGCUCGGUGCUGCCCUCUUUCGAAAAUUGCUGUUGGCAGGACACGUCAGUGCUGCGAGGUUACUAGAACAGCGAUUGCCAGAUUCAACACUCGUUGCUGCAGAACUCAUGGAGGAUUCAAGUGAUGCGCCACCAGUCGAUGAAGAGGUCAAGAUGCGGAGUGCGCUUGAGUAUGUCGGUUAUUGCAACUUGUGUCGUGGUCUUGCACGCUAUGAACAGUGGAAACAGCUGAUUCGCAAUCGACCCGUUGAAGCAGGUGGUCGGCGUGAUCCUGUUGGACAGCGGCAGUGGUCUGCAGAGGUGGCACGACAGCGUCAAGAAUGUGUGUUGCUGCUGCGGGAGAUCUUGGAAGGCAAUUGGUGUGAUCCUGCACAACUCAGUGUGGAUCCGAGUCAGGAAUUGUUCGCAGAGAUGAGUCAGCUGAGGACGUUGUACCUGCCGCAAGUGGUGCUCAAGUUGCAUGGCGUGUACUGCGCACAGGAAGCGAGGGACAUGGAUGCGGCGAUGGCCUUGGCGGUGCUGGUGUCUGAGCAGCUGACUGGACCCAUGCAGGCAUCUGGCUUGUUGGAGAGUUAUGUGAUUGAGCUGGGUCGUGUUGGUGCGUAUCUAGCAUGAGUCCAUCUAUACUAUUCACUAUUCUAUGGGUGCUCUUUCAUGCUGUCCCAUCUGAACUGUAUGUGGCUGAGCUGCCAAGGAUCGUGGCUGGUGUGGCCGUGCAGAAGGGCAGAUGCGGUCAUCUAUUAGCCGCUGACUGUGUGCAGUAUGUAGCUAGAGUACUCGAUUUAGACUCUGCUGGACGAUGCUGAUGGGGC